AUGCCCGCCACCUUCACACUCAAGAGCGGCGCCACGAUCCCCUGGCUCGGGUUCGGUACAGGUACUGCGCUCUACCAAAAGGAUGCCGCCGCGUCCGUCCGAGCCGCCAUCGAGAACGGGAUCACCCACCUCGACGGGGCGCAGAUGUACAACAACGAGGACACACUCGGGGCGGGGAUCAAGGCGUCGGGAAAACCGCGAUCGGAGCUGUUCGUGACAACCAAGCUCGACGGGCGGGUCGUCGGAGACAAGACAAUAACAGAUACACUGAAGGACUCACUCGCCAAGCUUGGUCUCGACUAUGUCGACUUGUUCUUGAUCCAUGAUCCCACGCCUGCGACGAAAAUCAGCCCUCAGACGCUGGGGGCGUGGUGGGCCGAACUGGAGGAAAUUCAGCGUGCGGGUCUGGCGAAGGACAUUGGGGUGUCGAACUUCAAAGUUGAGGACCUCAAGAUCAUCUUAGAGAGCGGGAAGGUGGUUCCGGCUGCCAACCAGAUCGAGCUGCACCCGUACGUAUGGAAGGCUGCCGAGCCGAUCGUGAAGCUCUGUCGCGAGAAAGGCAUAGUCGUUGAGUCGUAUGGCGGUCUUACACCCAUCGUGCGUGUCCAAAAUGGGCCCCUCGAUCCCAUCCUCGCUAGCAUCCGCGAACGCGUAGAGAAGACACGCGGCGCGCCAGUCUCAACGGGCCAGAUCUUGACGAAAUGGCUCUUACAGAAAGAAAUCGUCGUUGUUACUACGACUACGAAGGUUGAGCGCAUUAAGGAGUUCUUGGAUGUGGAGAAUGUCCCGGACUUGACCCCUGAAGAGAUACAAGCGAUCGAUGAAGGUGGAUCUAAACUGCAUAAGAGGGUCUUCAUGGGACACGCCUUCGGUGAGUAG